CCCUUGCUAUCUGAUGGCGAUGUCCACUCUCUCGAGUUCCAGCGGUCGGAACAUUUUGUCGCUCUCCAGCGCGCUGUUCAACACCCGGCUCGGCUGGGAGAACUCUGCUGCCCGCGAUCAACCGCAGGUGCCCCGAACGUCCAACGAUGUUCGGGUGCAGAAGGUUAAAGUUCUGGUGAUAUAUACCGGAGGGACCAUCGGCAUGAAGCCACAGAGUAAUGGACUUGCACCACAAGCAGAUGCCCUUGUCAAAGCCCUUUGCAAAAUGAGCUGCCUACAUGAUGAAAAUUAUGCUCAAGAAAUCAAGCUUUACGACUGUUGUGAUUCAUCAGAAAAUACUUUGGUUCUUCCUCUAUCUAAGUUAAAUAAAAGGGUUAUAUACACGAUAAUUGAAUAUUCACCCUUACUGGACUCCUGUAACAUGACCACAGAUGAAUGGAUUAAAAUUGCAAUUGAUAUAAAGAAAAACUACAAACGGUACAAUGGUUUUGUGAUCCUUCAUGGCACAGAUACAAUGGCUUACACAGCUGCAGCCCUUUCAUUCAUGUGUGAGAACCAAGGAAAGCCCAUCAUCUUGACUGGCUCUCAGGUUCCCAUCUAUGAGAUGAGAAAUGACGGCCAUGAUAAUUUGCUUGGGGCACUGCUGAUUGCCGGCCAGUAUCCAAUACCAGAGGUUUGUCUGUAUUUUCAAGGCAAAUUAUACAGAGGAAAUCGGGUGACUAAAGUUGAUGCAGAAAGUUAUAUGGGAUUUUCUUCACCUAAUAUGCGUCCACUGGCCGAAGCUGAAGUGAAAAUUAAAGUCAACUGGGACAUUGUUUGGAGACCAAAGACAGCUAAGGAGUUUAGGGUGCAAACCAAUAUGAAUCAGAAUGUGGGAUUGAUGAAGUUAUACCCAGGAUUCACUUGUGCCACGGUUCGAGCAUUUCUGCAACCACCAAUGGAAGGAAUUGUGCUGGAGACCUACGGAACAGGGAAUGCUCCAGAUAAUUUUCCUAAAAUAUUGGAGGAGUUUAAGAACGCCAUUGAUCAUGGAAUGUUGAUGAUAAACUGCACUCAGUGUUUGAGGGGCUCUGUUAGUCCAACAUAUGCAACAGGAAUGGUUCUCACUGAACUUGGUAUCAUUCCCGGAUGUGAUAUGACACCUGAAGCUGCUUUGAUCAAACUGUCCUAUGUACUGGGUAAGACUGAACUGAGUAUACAGGAGAAGAAAAAGAUGUUGUCUGAAAACCUGAGGGGAGAAUUGGGUACAAUGAUUCCUCUUCAAGACAAGCAAUUUAUUCAAGAUAAUGCUAAGUCUCUUGCUGCUAGGCGCAAAGAGGAACAGGAGGCUAUCCGAGAUGUUCUGACUACUUCGUCAGCUUGUGUGGCUGCAAAGGCCGGUGAUGUUGAUGCAUUGGAAGCUAUACUGGAUAUGGGUGGCAACUUGUGCAGUGAGGAUUAUGAUGGACAAACCCCACUCCAUGUGGCAGUUUGUGAAGGGCACCUGGACGUUGUGAAGUUCCUGCUCAGCCAUGGAGUCACUUUUUGUGACAGAGACCGCAUGGCUGCAGAUGGUGACAUGAAAACACUGAUGGCUUGGCACCUUGCAGGGUGGGACUUGGACCAAUGGAGCUACGAUGGACAACAUCCUCCUGGAAUUUAGGUAUCCACCGUCAAGAAAAUUGUCAGAUUUGCUUUCUGCAACAAGAGUAUAAUCAAACCACAGAGCUUAAUAUUGCUAACCAAUGCUUCUUAACCUGCUACACAAUUAGCUUUUUAUCAAAAACUAGAUAUUGUGCUACAGAUUGAUUUUAAUGCAACAACAAUCAUAUCUUGAUUGACUUGUAAAGUUGGCAAAACCAAGUAAUUUGGAUGAGUAGCGCAGAAGGAUGGUCUGCAAUGCAAAGGUUCUACCUUGAGUCACAACACGUGAAUACCUGAUGUCAUUUGGAGUUGAGGGUGGAAGUUUUACGUUGAGACAAAAAUGUGUAGGGUGUUGCAUUGGCAAGUUUGUCACUGCCCUCAAUCAACGUUUGCCCUCAAUUAGACAAGGACAUGUGAAAUAUUUCUCCUCACAAUGUGAUUUACCACAUGACAUUUUUCUUUACAAUCUGUCAGUUUUCUCCCUGUGUGGUAAUACUGAAUAAGUUGCAAUGUGCAACUGAUAUCUGGUUGACCCUGUAGUGCUGUGACCAAUUUUUUAAAUAUCAUAACUGGAACAAUCUGCCCACAGUGAGUGGACUGGUACCAGUUUUACUCUUUGCAUGUGUAGAAAGGCCUUGCUGGAUUUAUGUUCAUCUGAUGGCAAAGGUGGAAAGGAAACUGAAUAAGUCUUAACAGGAUAAAAUUCAUUCUACCUCUGCCAAUUAUGGGAGUAACUAUCACCAAAUCAUAAAAUUGGGUAGCAUAUUGCAUCGCUUCUACUCUCCUUACUCUUGUUACUUUGAACAAAGUUGUACCACUGGGGAUUGCAUGUUGUGGAUUACACUCAGACCACUGAUUUCAUUAUUGACCACUACCAUCUAGAAGGACAAAGGCAGCAGAGACAUGGGAACACUACCACCUGGAAGUUCCCAUCCAAGCCAAUCACCAUCCUGAUUUGGAAAUAUAUUGCUGGUCCUUCACUUUC